CGUUUAUGACCAAGACUGUACAGUAUCAAAAUGAGCUGCAUAAGUUCCUAAUUUGGGAUACAGCUGGACAGGAGCGGUUCCGUGCUUUAGCACCAAUGUAUUACAGAGGAUCAGCAGCAGCCAUUAUAGUGUAUGACAUCACAAAAGAGGAGACUUUCUCAACACUAAAGAACUGGGUUAAAGAGCUUCGACAGCAUGGACCUCCAAACAUUGUUGUAGCUAUUGCAGGAAAUAAGUGUGAUCUUAAUGAUGUAAGAGAAGUCAUGGAAAAAGAUGCUAAAGACUAUGCAGAUUCCAUUCAUGCAAUAUUUGUAGAGACAAGUGCGAAAAAUGCAAUAAACAUUAAUGAACUCUUUAUAGAAAUUAGUCGCAGAAUUCCAUCAACUGACACCAACCCCCCGUCUAGUGGUAAGGGCUUCAAAAUUAGAAGACAGCCUUCGGUGACAAAGCGCAGCUGCUGUUGACUGAUCCCUUAAAAAAUCAGACUUGUUUAUACAGUAGGUGGUCUUGGAAGUUAAUAGUUCAUGUUGGGUUUAUAUUAUCAGUCUUAAAUCUUUAUCUGCUGGUGUUCAUACACCCAAGGUCCCACAAAAAUGGACCAGUUCAUCUGACAUCUGUACAUUCGCAGAAAAGACUGCAAUCGUAAUGUCAGCCUGUUUACUUACAAAAAGUGUAGUAUCUCUUGCAUUCAAAGAGAAUCCAUCAUCACUUUUUUGGCCUUGCUUGACAGGAAGGUGACUAUAUGGAUGGUAGAACUGAAAUGUUUAAUAGUUUUGUAAUCAAGAUUUUAAGGUUGGGUUUGUUUUUUUUGUAAAAAGGGAAAUGAGCACUUUUGUGGGACUUAGGGGUGAGAGGAGUCUGAAAGUUAGAUGUCAUUUUUUCCUCUUCUUCAGUGAGCCUUAUUUUAAAUUUAAUUGUAGCUAAUCCAAAGUAUGAUGGGACAGUUGAUGUGAGGUGGCUACAGAAUAAGCAACUGAAGACAAAUAAUAGGCAAAUCAGUCCAUCCAGUCCCCAAAUCCCAUUUGCACUUUUUAUUUAAAGAUGAUAUGCGCUGGGGGUGGGAACACAAGCAACAGAUCUUA